AUGUUCUCUCAGCGCUUUAUCGGUCGUAUUUCCCAGCGCGCUUCGCAGCAGAUGCGUUCCGCUCCGGUCCGCUCCACUGUGCAGCGCCGCGCCAACAGCACCGGACCUUCCUGGGCCGCCGACAACGAGUUCAACCGUGAGCGGGCCGCUGUCAAGCACCACGCUGCCUCCACCAGUGACCUCUGGCGCAAGCUGUCUAUCUACGCCAUCGUUCCCUGCCUGAUCGGUGGUGGCCUCAACGCCUACAACCUCUGGAACGAGCACUGGGAGCACUGGGACCACAUGGCUCCUCUCGAGGAGCGCACCGAGUACCCCUACCAGAACAUCCGCUCCAAGAACUUCCCCUGGGGAGACGGCGACAAGACCAUCUUCUGGAACUCCGACGUCAACUACCACAACAAGGACAAGGCUACCUAA